CCACAUGGCCGUCAUGGAGGCGAUCAUGGUGCUCUACAUCCGCGAGCUCAUCACCGCCGAGCGAGUGGUGGGGGUCGUGAGGCGCUUCACCGCCCUCCAGUCGAGCACCGAGCUGCCCGCAGACCAGGAGGAGGCCCUGCUGCUGUGGAUCAACAAGGCGUGCGCGCGGCUGCGCGGGCAGAUCGCUGCAGAGGUCCGAGAGGAGGACACGGUGCCCCGGUUCCCGCUGCAGCAGGACAUCAGCGACCUCUCGGACGGCACGUGUCUGGCCGGCCUGAUCUCGCUCUACUGUCCCGACGAGCUCAGCUGGCCAGAGAUCGCCUUCUCCGACCCGCCGCGUAUCGCCGACAGUCUCUACAACCUGCAGCUGGUGGAGAAAUUCUGCAGAGAGGCGCUGCCCUACAGUCCGCACUUCCUGACACUGGAGGAUAUACUGUAUAUGCACAGUUCGGUGAAGCAGAACCUGCUGGUGCUUCUGGCUGACCUGUUUUACCUGUUCGAGAUUAACCCGGCCAAAUGUGUCCGACAGCCGGGCAUGGCCAAAGAACGAGCCAUCGAUGCAAUGCGUCGGCAGGACCCGUACGCGGGCAGUCCCCGCCGCUCUCAGCCCGAGCUGCGCCGAGACAGUCUCAGUCAGGCCGGCAGCGUCUCAGGAGGGCGCUACCCCCACUCGGAACCGUCCGUCGUCCUGCGCCGCAGCAGGGGCUCGCACUCGGCGGAGAGGGCGCGGCAACGCUUCAGCAUGUUCGAAGCUGCCGGCCGGGAUAGUCCAUCCGCUCACAGCUCUGGUGGCUCGCGGCGGCCGCAGUCCAUGAUGUACCCGGCCGAUGACCGCUCGACCUACCGCGAGGACGACAGGUCCAACUCUGAGGAGAGUGAGUUCGUGGUGCAGCGCGCCAGCGGCCCGAUGACCCUGUCUCGGAUGGCCCACCAGCGUCGCUCCCAGAGCCCGCCUUCGUCGGUCCACUCUGACGACCCCCCGUCCCGCCGGCCCCUCAAAGAGCGUCUGAACCGAGACACAAAGUGGGAGGAACGCGGCGAGGAGCGCCGCGGCGCCGCAUCUGAGUGUGGUGAUAUGGAGAGGAACCGCCCGGCUGGUAAACCCUCCCCACGGGGUGCCGGAGGGGGGAGGCUCUCCCGGCGGAACUCCUUCACAGAAGAGUCACAACUGACGGUGGAGAAUUUCGGUGGGAGUCAGGAUAAUCUCCAGCUGCUGGGCCGUAAUCCUGAUAAACAGCCGGUGGUACAUCGUGGCCGCCGUGAGAGCAGCACGCAUCGCGACCUGCUGAAAGAGAGUGCCAUCAGUUUCGGUGACCGCGAUCCGUUCCAGGAGGCCGAACAGGAGCGUGCCUCGCGCUCAGCCAGCCGAGCUAGCUUGUAUGACCGCAGCGAGAGUAGACAAGAGCUCGGGCGGCCGCCCAGUCGAAACCUCUUCCAGAGCGACUCAAUCAAAGAGCAUUUCCAGCCCACUGGCCGACGCGGGGAUGACUCUCGUGCCGAUCGCGACGAUGGUUUCCGUCCAAUUGAUGACGCGGGAGGGCCGGUGGAUAUAGACAACCGAGUCCUGGACGCGCUGGAAAGAGAGGCGCGUGGUGAUUCCCCCUCCAAGGCCGGCAACAAUCUGGUGAUCAUGUUCGACAACAACGACGAACAGAAGCCGACCAGCUUCGCCGAGCUGAGCAAAGUUCAGCCGCGAGAGAACGCCGGCGGUAUCAACAUCGUCUACAUGCAGCAUGAGAAGGAGGACCGCGCCAAGCCGGCCGGCGGAGCGCGGAGCAACGGUACGGGUGGCGGCGGCGGCCCGCCGGCCGCGCCCCCCACCACCAGCUGGGGGCAGCAGCAGCACGGACAGCAGCACGGACAGCAGCACGGACAGCGACACGGCCUCCCCGCCUCGGAGGGUGCUCCCGAGCCGGACAUGAUGGCCUCAGAGCUGCACAGUAUCAAACUGAGACUGGAGGAGAAACGGCGCAACAUCGAGAAGGAGAAGCGGCGGAUGGAGUCGGCCAUGAACCGGCAGAAGCAGAACGUUGGCAAACAGGCCUUCCUGCAGGCCAUGGGUCAAGAGGUGAACCAGAACCUGAGUCAUAUGAAGGACAAGUGGGGCCGGGUGCCGGACGCCGCCGGUAGUCCCGAUCUGGACAACAUGGACUACGACCAGUACACCAGCUCGCUGCAGAACAUGAACGAGUCGCUGUCUGAGCUGCAGAACGAUAUCCAGCGACUGUCGCAGCAGCAGUCGCAGAUGCAGCAGAUGCACAACAUCAUGCAGAACGGCGGUCAGACACAGCCACCGUACCAGCAGGCGUACCAGCCGCCUCAGUACCAGUCUCCGUACGCGGCGGCCGGCCCUCCUCCGGGCCAGUUUUACCUACACGAUCAGGCGGGGCAGCGUAGACAGUGGGGGCAACCCAUGGCGCCCCCUGAAGACGUGUAUCAGCAACAUAUGUCGCCCGGAAGAGCGCGAUGGGGGCAGCCGGUUAGGCCGAUGAUGCCACCGAUGCCUCAGCAGUACGGUCCGGGCCCGGGAGACCCGUAUGGCUACCACCAGCAGCCGCCGCAGCAGAGGCCUUUCAUGCUACACGAUCAGAGCGGCCACCCGGCUGGCCAUGGUGGCUACCCGGGCCCUGGAGGGUACCCGUCGCCGCAGCACCAUAGGCUUGACGGCGGCAUGAUGGGUCCGCACGGUAUGUCCGGCCAGCCGCCGGCCGGCUAUCACCCUGACUACCCGGGCUACCCCGCGGCACCGGGCGGCCACUACUCGCCACACCAGCCGCCUGUCUCCUCUGCCGGCGGGUUCCGACUCCACGGCGCCUCGCCCGGCGGACCUCAGGAGCCCCGCGAGCUCCGCGCCGGCCAGUCGCCGAGAAUGUAUGGAGAUUACCAACAGGGAAGAGCUGAGGAUGCGGCUGAUGGUCCUCGCGUGCCGACGGUGAGGCGGAUGGAUCGCAACAGACGCCGCUCGCCGUCACCGUCGGUGCUGCACGCGCCGCUGCCGGCGCCGCCGAUUGAUGACAUGGCCCCGCAGAGUGUGUCGUUUAUUGGCGACCAGGAGGAUACCGAGUCGACCCCCGUCCGGCCGCCGCGGCGGACCGACCGCGCCGAGCGGGUCUCUGACCGGGGAGGAGGCAUGGCGGCGGAGCCGGACCGGGCGGAGAAGGAGUCCUCUCCGGCGUCCGGUGGGAGGACCUACCGCGUGCCGCGAGCCACCCCAGAGCGCCGCGAGCCGGCCGCCUCGCCCGCCGGCCGGGGCACGUUCAAGAUGCGCCGGACUCCGAGUCCGCAGAGAGAGCGGAGUCCGGCGGCGUCCAGUCCGGCCUGGGCGGCGCGCCGGGCCGGCAGUGAGUCCCCGGCGCGGCCGCCGCCCGCCCGGGAGGAGGAGAAGGAAGAAGACCAGGCGGCGCCCGAGGUGCUGGCAGCCAUGAAGGUGGAUAAGAUCAAACAGGACGCCGACCCCGAGAUGGGCUUUGUGAUAUCGUUUGACGACGACGCGGCGCCGCGAAAGCCCAAGCCUCGCCUGGGCCAGCGCCGACCCCCGACUAAGGCGGCCAGCUCCGGUGGACUACUGGACCAACCGAGCCGGCCAGAAAUACCGCCCAAGCCCAAGACAUCAGCAUUCUCCGGGCUAAACAGCGGCGGCGGUAGCGGCGCACCCUCAGCCUUCUCUACGUACACCAAAUGGCCGCGGACGGCACGGGGUCCCGAGAGGGAGCCCCCACAGCCGGAGCGGGAGCCGGAGCGUCCCCGCUCCCCCAGCAGGUCUCCGUCGCCCUCUCCCGGCGGGGGACUGUCGCUGGGGAGGCUCUCCGACCCGCGGCGGAGGACGGCCCCGGCCGAGCCGCAGUCGCCGGCCUCGCAGGAUCAGGUGGACCGGGCGGCAUCGCCCGAACGACCGCUCCUCGAGAAGCUGGAGAUUGACCCCACGCUGCCGCCGGAGACGAUGAAGCCCCUGAAACCGGUGCAGUCGUCCACUGGCGUCGGACUGGUCAUCGGAGACGAGCUGGUCAGCCCCAAAUCGGACGCCCUGGACGAGAUGGAACGGAAAAAGGAGCGCAUCCUGAUGCUGUCACUAAAGCGAAAACAGGAGCAGGAGGCAGCGCGAAUCCGCAAGGAGGAGGAGGCACUACGGCGGAAAGAGGAUGAAGCCAGAAAGGAGGAGGAGAAGCAGCGUAAAAAGGAAGAGGAGAAGGCGAGGAAGGAGAGGAUCUUCGAGCAGUAUAAGCUGAAAAAGGCUAUCGAGGAGGCGGAAAAGAAUGGGACGCCGAUUCCUGCCGGCGCCCAGGCAGCUCUGGCGGCUCAGCAGGCCGCCUCCAAGCCCGCCGUCCGGCCGCGGCCCAAAUCCACACCGAGCAAACCACGACCCAAGUCGAUGAUGGACGGGGGUGUGGGGAGCGGCCCCGGUACCCCCAGCCGCUCUGCACUCCGGGGAAGCCAGUCGAACCUGCAGCAUAUGUCAGAGCGCCCUCCGCCGGCGCCGGCCGCGCCUCCGCCGGCGGCGUCGGCCGGUGCCUCUACCCUGGUGCGUCACCGCAGUCUGAGCCGGCGGCGACGCUCCAACAUUGCCGUGUCGGCCGGCCGCUCGCAGUCGCUGAGCAGGCGCCGGAUCCAGACGCCCGAACAGCUCAUGUACCCCGACAAGGGCCGGGAAGGCGGCGACUCGCAGUGGGGCUCCAACUCGAGUCUGACGGCCGGCCCGCGCUCCCGGCGAGGCUCCAACGCUAGUCUUUAUGGAGAGUCACGAUACGCCCGGUCAACGCCAGUGCAUUCGGGCAGGAAGGUGGUAGCCUCCAACGAGCCGUCGGGCGCCGGCGGCAUGCGAAAGGACGGUCACCGCACGUCGACUGGCAGCCUGAGCUCGGCGGGCCGGGCCCGCUCCCGAAUGGGCCCCCGCGCCGGCAGCAGUGGAUCCCUGAUCGACGACGAUGCCGGGUAUCGGAGGACGGCCUUCGCGCACUCGGGCAGGAGACAGUCAGCCGCCGACCGUCCAGACGUCAACAGAACCUUCUCAAAGGCGUCGGGCGCCGGGCCGGGAGCCGGCGGCCGGGGCAGACAUCAGUCCCUCACCAAUCUGUUCGGUACCUCGGGCGGUACUCCCCGCGGGUACUCCGAGACGGACUCGGGCCUGGGCCGAGACACGCCGACACGGCGCGGAGUGUCGCCGGGAGCGUAUGGCGGUAUGACAUCUCCGUCUGGUCCAGGCUCGCUGCCGCCCGGACUGGUGUCUCGCAGAAGAAACUACGGAGACGACGGAGCCAGCGACACCUCAUCCAUGGCUAGCUACGACUAUAACGGUCCCCGCCUGUUCAAACAAGCGUCAGCCAAGUCGAACCGCUCGAUCCUGCUGAACGCCGUCGAGUACUGCGUUUUCCCGGGAGCGGUGAACCGGGAGGCCAAACAGCGCGUGCUCGAGGAGAUUGCCCGUGUGGAGGCGCGUCACUUCCUGAUUCUGUUCAGGGACGCCCGCUGUCAGUUCCGCGCGCUCUACUGCUACGAGCCAGAGACUGAGGAAGUGUUCAAACUGUACGGCACCGGACCCAAGAUGGCCACCGACAAAAUGUUCGACAAGUUCUUCAAAUACAACUCUGGCGGCAAGAGUUUCACGCAGAUCCACACCAAGCACCUGUCGGUGACCAUUGACGCGUUCACCAUCCACGACGCCCUGUGGCAGGGCAAGCGGCCCAGCCUGCCCAGCAAAAAGGACAUGACUCUGGUGACGUAACGCGGCGGGACAGAGCAGAGAGAGAGGGCCGGAGCGGGCGGUCCGCCUCACAUUCCUCUCGCUCGCGGCCGGCACCCCUCUCCCCCUCAUGGGUGCUGAACGGCCGAUAGAGGCGCGCGGAAACACAGAGACAGAGAGAGGGAAGGAUGCAUAGACGACCGGUGGCGAAUGUGAUAGACAGCGAGCGGGCGCCGGCCACUAAUACUCGUGCUGCCAUCUAUCGGCGCGGCGAGAAGCUCUAGUUGCGGGCGGCGGCGCCGCUUUUACUGUGGGAUCGGCGGCGCACCUGUGGUAGGCGCGCGGCUCGUGCCAGGACUAAUCGUGAUAAAAACUGCUGCUUGCUCGUGUGAUGCAUCGCGCGCGUGAGCCUGUAUGUGUGUCUGAGCACGUGACUUGUGAGCAGGUGUGUGCUGCUAGCGGCAGAAUUAUGAGAAACGCAUAAGAACUAAUUUGCGAACGCCGGGUCUUGUACAUAAAGGCUUGACUAAUGUCUUCUUAUGCAUUCUUUUUUAUUGCGUUUUGUUUCGUACAUUAGCUGUUUUAUCGUCAUUUAUUCCAAAGCUGCGAAGGCUUACUGUAAAAUAUUAACGUGGAAGUGCAGGUGUCAACUAAAUGUUGCUUUCCCAAUCCCUAAUAAAUGACUGACUGAAUCGU